GCUAUCGGUGACGUCAUGGUUGACACACGCCAAUUGGUUAUCGCAGACCACAGCGGCAGACAUAUGGUUAGUCUCACUCCUGACGACAAACAGGCCGCUAAAAUGAAGAAGUCUUCGCUGGUGUUGGUGGUGGUGGUGCUUCUGCUGGGCUACGUCAGCUGCAAGUGUAAUCGAAUGGUGAGUACGGACGACCGCUACCGGAAUAUCGAAAAUUGUGCCAUCAGCCGGGUGUUCCGCCCUGUGUGUGGCUCUGAUGGCUGUAAGUACAUCAAUGGUGACGCCCUCAUCUGUGCCCAGAAUCAAGAUCGUGCCCAGGGGAAAUCAGAGGAUCUGGUGGUGAAGGAAGCUGAUGAUGAGCUGUGUGAGGAUAAUGACACUACAACAGGCAACACAAUCAUCACUGAAGCUGACAACGGCACAACAGUACUCACCACAACGGCAGACACAACAGACUGAUGGAUUAGCAAUGUAAACAACAGAAAAAAAAGACCAGCAGCAUUAGCAGUAGAAUGGUGUAGGUCAACAGCCGAAUGUAAACAAGAUCAACAACAGGAACAUAAAGUAAACAAGAUCAACAACAGAAACGGUAAAACGGUGGAUCAACAGAGGCCACAGUGUUAGUUUAUUAGAAAAUAAAUUAUUCAGUAUAAUAAUAAAAACUUGGAAAUAGUAUUGAAUCUUUUAGUUGUUCGAGGAUAUUAUUAUUAUUAUUAUUAUUAUUAUUAUUAUUAUUAUUAUUAUUAUAACCACCUCACCAAUCUAUUUAAAGAAAAAUAUAUAACAAUACAAUCUUCCUAUAACUAUAUUGUGUGAGUUUGAAAAUAUAUUAUCUUCUAGUAAAGUAAAAAGAACGUUAUAUUUGAUUUACACAUUGAAUGAUAUAUGAGUGUUAUGGGAUUUCAUUAUUUAAUCAUUCUUGCUGGGUCUGUUUAUGUGUUAUAGUCAUUAACUCUCAAAUAAAAUAUGCAAUUA